CAUUAUAUGUUAUACCUAUUGUGUAUCUGUAAUUCACUUUCUGAGUUUAAAAUGUGCUUGUUGUUUGUUAAACAUUAAAAUAAGAUCAAGCUUAUUCUACUACGCAUCGUUGGGAUUUGAUACUAGCUGUUGGUAUUAUAUUUGAAAAAUUUACAAUUGAAUUUUAACUAUGGAUUACCAAAAUCGUCCUGGUGGUAAAACUGGUGGCGGUGGCGUAGCAUCAUGGACAGAAACUAAUAAAGAUAGACGUGAACGUCUUAGACAAUUGGCUCUGGAAACUAUUGAUCUUCAAAAAGAUCCCUAUUUUAUGAAAAAUCAUUUAGGGUCUUAUGAAUGUAAGCUUUGUUUGACUCUACAUAACAAUGAGGGUAGUUAUUUAGCACAUACUCAAGGUAAAAAGCAUCAAGCAAAUUUAGCUCGUCGGGCAGCUAAAGAAGCUAAAGAUGCUCCACAACAGCCAGCACCUGAAAAACCUCGUGUAGAAACUAAGAAGUUUGUCAAGAUUGGGCGACCUGGAUAUCGAGUAACUAAACAGAAAGACCCAGAGACUGGACAACAAAGCUUACUCUUUCAAAUUGAUUAUCCUGAAAUAACUGAUAAUGUGCGACCACGUCAUCGUUUCAUGUCAGCCUACGAGCAGAGAAUUGAACCACCGGAUAGGAAAUGGCAGUAUUUGUUAUUUGCUGCUGAACCUUAUGAAACAAUAGCUUUUAAAGUCCCCAGUCGUGAAGUAGAUAAAUCUGAAAUGAAAUUUUGGGCUCAUUGGAAUACUCAAGCCAAACAGUUUUAUUUACAAUUUGCAUAUAAGGUUGAACAAAUGAAGCCACCACCUCCAAUGAAACCUCCUCCACCAUCUUUACCACCACCACCACAACACAACAUGGUGCAUCAACCUGGAUCAAAUAUGAUGUCUCAUAUGUUCCCUCCUCCGCCUAUGUAUAAUCCUGGACCACCAUCAAUGAUGAAUAACAUGAUACCUCCACCACCUCAAUUGAUGGGUCAAUAAAAUUAUUGAAAUAUAUAUAAAAAUUAAAUUAA